UGUAUGUAUUCCGUAUUGGCAACAUUGGGUUGAACUGACAGACGAGACAGAUGAAAUUCAACGUGACGUUUAAUGUUUGGUUCCUUGGUCCCAAUUUUGCUUUAUGAUAUUUAAUUAGGUGACCUAACGUUUUCGUGCUUAUUGAAGAGGUUCGACACUAUUUAUUAUUGUUUUUCCAAGAAAUGUGAGGAUCUAAUCUCAGUGGGGCACUAGAUUUAUCAAUAUGAUGAACCCAUUACCAUUAGAUCCCUAUGAACAACAGCUUCUUGCAGUAUUCAAUAGAUAUGAUUAUAACCAAGUUGGAAGCUUGGAUGAGCAGGGAUUGAAGGAGCUGUGUCAAACACUGCAAUUACAAGAGCAGGGUAUAGAGCUUAUAAGUAAUCUACUGAAUGAACCAUCCAAAUCUCGUGUAAAAUUUAUGGAAUUCAAAGAUGCAUUAUUGACACUUUUAGACAACAUGCAAAAUAACCACAGUACUAGCGAGCAAUUCAAUGAAAAUGAAACCAAAAGUUCUCCUGAAAGAGAAGUUUCGCCUAAAUAUAUCUAUGGAUCCAAAAAAUAUGGAAGGAGAUCUCGUCCUAAAGCGGACCUCAACUUAGAUGAACAAAAUGAUUUAAAUUUUUUAAAUAUCGCUGUCAAAGUGAAUAAGGACAGCACAGUACAAAGAUCAAAUUCAGAAGUAUCUCAUUCAAAAAAAAGAAAAACAAACUUUAAACUUAAGAGAUGUAUCUCUUUACCAUCUUCUGAAGGCUUCAAUCCAUUUCAAAGAGAUUUUUCAAAUCCUAAUUCAUUGUCGGGUGAAAGUGAUCCAAUUUAUACUGAGGAAAUGUUAAGAAAAGCAUGGAAUAGUUUAGGAGUAGGAAAAGAUGGUUAUUUGAAUCAAUCUGAGUUGAUUUUAGUGUGUGAUGCAAUAGGUCUCCACAAUUUGGCUAGUGCUGUUAUAAGACAGUUGUCUCAUGAGUCAAAUUUGGAGUAUAAUCAAAAAAUCAGUUUUCAAGAGUUACUAGAGGUUCUAAAGCAUGAUGAAACUUGGGCUGAUGUUCUCGACAACUCGGAAUCUACAAUUCGCAAUCACCAAUCUAUUAUUUCAGUUACUAGUUCAUUCCCUGAUUCUCAAACUUUCCAAUAUAUUUCCCUAGGUCCAGAUGGUAAUGGAAUAAUAAAUUCUGACACAAUAAUAGAUAUGUGGGAAUCGGUUGGCAUUACUGCACCAAAAGAAUUGUUACAUGAUUUGGGUUUCAAUUCGAGGCAUAUUAACAUAGUUGAACUAGCAUCUGUUUUAGAUACUGGAUUAAAAACAAUCCAUGAAUCUAACGAAAGAAAUUAUAAUAAUCCACAUAUCUCUUUGCUUCAGGCGAAUCUUACCUUGUACCAGUCAGAAAUAAAGUGCUUGAAACAAAUAAUGGAUCAGUUAAAUGAAGAAAAAGACAAGCUCAAAAAUGAUAUUGUUGAAGCUAACAAUAGAGCUACCUUACUGGCCCAAGAUGUCGAUGAUCAUCAUAUGAAAAUACAAGAAAAUACUAGAGCUCAAGUGAAACUUUUGGAGCAAAGACACAGCGAAAUUUUAAAGAAUUUAUCAAAAAAAUUUUCUGAAGAAAAAGAAGAAAUGAGAGAAUUUAACUAUUCACUUGAGCAGAAAAUUUCUACUCUUGAGCAAGAGUCCUCUAAAUUAAAAAAUGAUCUUUCAACUGCUAAAAAAUAUUUAUCUACAGUGGAAAGUGAAAAUAGUCAAUUGAGUUGUAAGAUUGCAGAUUUGCAUGAAGCAAAGGAAAUGCUUCAAGAGCAAGUUAUUAUUUUGGAAAAUGAAUGUCGGAGAUAUAAUGAACUAGAUCAUGAAAAUAUCAAGCCUUUGUUGGAAAAGUUGAAUCAAUUAGAAAUUGAAAAUGGACAAUUAAGAGAUCAGAGUGAUGAAAUGGGUGCUGAAAUAGAAGCUUUGAAUUCAGAAAUUUCUUUGUUGAGAACUACCGAAAAAAGUGAAGCUAGUAAUGUUGCUUGCAGUACUUUAGAUGAAUCAAUGGAAAAUGCGGAGAAUAAUUUGUCAGUGUUAUGUGGUUCUGGUGCAAAAAGAAGAAAUGAUGAGUUUCCAUCUGAAGAUUUCAGCUUAUAUACUUCUGAUCUCGGCUUGAGCAGUCCUAGACUGGGUAAAAUACGCAAACUACCUUGUACAUCAGAAGAAAGGCCUACCUCUAGUGAGAGUGGAUUCAGCACAGAACACGAAUCUUCAGAUAACUCUUCCUACUGUUCACCUACAUCGAAUAAAAAUGAAGUGAAGUGGUUGCAGGCUAAGAUCAUCCUGUUGGAACAAAUUUUACAACAUAACGACAUAGCACUUCCCAGAGAUGAUGAUUUGGAAACGGUUCGGGCAAAUGUGAACAAUGUUUCUGAGCUGAAGAACCGUGUGAAGUACCUAGAAAACAGCAUCAGUGAAAUAAGCAAAGAACUGCAGCUUAUGACAAAGGACGUCGAUUUCAAUCAAAUCAUUGAAAAAAUCAAUAGGAUGAUAUUGAAAGAUAACUUUCUUGACAAAAUUGAAGGAAAAAGAAAUAUAGUUGCUGAUGCCAGUACGGCUACUGAUGAUGAUGAAACAACGAAAUUACAAACUGAAAACAAAAAACUGGAAGAGCACAACAAAGAACUUAGUAAUAAAUGUACGGAAUUAGAGAAUUGCAUAGAUUUACUAAGGAACGAAUACGAAAAAUGUGAAGAUUAUUGGGCAAACAAAUUGGACGAAGAAAGACAAAUUUUUGAGCAAGAACAAGCUCAAAAUAACGAGAAAUUCUCUGAACUAUUCAAGAAAAUGGGUGAAUACGAAGAGCAAUAUGUCCUUCAAGAUUCAAAAUUACCAACGAUUGUUGAAAGUUACAAUUUAGAGCAACAAUUCACAGAUUUGGAAGAAGAGUAUGAGAAGUAUAAAGAAGAGAUGGAAAAUAUAAUUACAAGAAAAGAUGAAAACAUUGAGUACUUGCAGUUGAAGCUGGCUGAGCUAACUGUAGAAAAGGAAAAUAAAAAGACUGUAGAUGCAGAAUUGCAAGUUGAUAACUUGAAUGAGUAUACUAUUACCGCUGACAAAAUGAUGCAAUUAUCUGCCGUUGUAGUGGAGCAAACAAGCUUUCUACCAGAAAACUGUAUUCCUGAUGAAUUGAAGAUUGCUGAUCAUAUACUUAGGUUCAAUCCAGUAUCCAGUUGUCAACGACAAGAUACUCCAGAUAGUGGAAACAAUUGUGACAGCGAUAAGCAAACUAUGAGUUGGCCAAACGUUUCAGAUGAAAUACAAACUUCUUUGUUUCCCUCCACUAGCUCGAGUCCGAUAGAAAAAAGGAGCGCACCUUGCAGACCAAAAAGAACAAGAAAACACGAACGAGAUGCUAAUCAGUAUAAAAAAAAUCAUGCAUUAAGUUCGAAAGGCAAUAGUCUUGAUUCAAAAGACAAUCAUAUACCCACAUUAUUGAAUAUGAUUCAAAAUUUGGCGGACAAGAAAUUGUUUUUAGAGCAAAGAUGUCGAAGUUUGAUCUCUACUGUAAGAAAACAAUGUGUCCUUCUGGAGACGAAAGCCAGGGAUAGCAGAUAUGAACAACAAGAAUUUCAGUUAAUGCUCAAGCAAUCACAAGAAGAAAUGGAGCGUUACAUGCGAAUAUGUAAGGAGCUAUCUGAAAAACUCAUGAAAACUGAUUUACUAGUCAAAGAAUUAUAUGUUGAAAAUUCAUAUCUUAUUGCGAAUGUGCAAAGGCUUGAACAGCAAAACACUUUUUUUGCCCAUUGCAGUACUAGUAAUUCAUUUUAGGCAAAGUAGUAUGCUCAAUGAAUAACAUAUCUUAGCCACUCUAGUCUUUCUUCAAUUACAUAUAAUUAUGUCAAUACACCAUGGAUAAUAAUCUCUGUUUCUUGAAAAAAAUAGAGAUUCAUUUAUAUGCUACAAUUAUUUUAUUAAUUUUGUUCGUUCUCUGCUUUCAAAAUAGGUUCAUACCUUUCAACUGAUUUUGGCCCUUUUAAUUUUAUCAGUUAUUGUUAACCAUUUCUCAUCAGUUUCUAUGGAAUCUCAAUUCCAAUUGAAUAACUGGAUUUGAAAAUUAUUUUAAUUUUAAGGUGUGUGGUCUUGGAGGUAUCCGUUUAUAAUAUAAAAAUCUUGGAAAUUUCCAUAACUGUAUCUGAUAAUGAGAAUUAAAUUAAUAAUGUACUUACCAAUGUUAUAGAUGUAUAUAGUUUGGAUAUCUUGAAUAUUCAAUUCGAUAAUCAUAUUUAAAAAAAAGUUUCACUCUAAUCUAUGUUUCACUAGGUGAGUUGAACUUUUAGGAACAAUUAAGUUGUGAUAAUAAUCAAAAACUAUAUUUUUGAAAAAGCUACAUCACUUUCACUUGAAAGUUUUGUAUCAAUAGGUUUUUUAUUUCUUUAAAUUCAUAUUAUUCUCAAUGUUUGUGCAAUUAAUUUCUUUUCAACUAGAAUUGAACCUAAGACCUUUUUCAGAGUAAAGAAACGUUUGAAAUGAUUGCUUGUAGUUAAUAUUUAAAUUUUUUCAAGUUUGAGAUUUUCCUUUUUGGAUCUGCACUUAUAUGUACUAUAGAGUACUCAUAAAAUGCACUUUCAUUUGUGUACAAUUCAUUCAGAAUAUGUUAUUUAAUUCGAGGUGUAAAUGUUACUUGUUCAUAUUUUUUUAAUUAUAUAUUAUUAAGUAUUUAUCUAUCUAUGCGGUUCCAAAGAAUUACUUAUAUUAAGUGAUUUUGUUAAUUUGAAUAAUAACUUUUAUUCUUCAAGAGAAGUGUCAUAUUAUAUAUAAAAUAAAUAUUUUACAGUUGAAAA